GCUGCUGCUGCUGGGUGGAUUGGUCUGGAGCCAUGGAGUCCGCGGUGGCGAGCGCAUUCUUGAAGGCCGUGAUGGGGAGGCUGUUCAUGGCGCUGGAGAAGGAGUACAGCAAGCACAAGGGCCUCGCGCAAGAAGCCCAGUCCCUCCAGCUCGACCUCCGCAUGAUCGCCGCCGUCAUGGACGACCAGCUCCGCGCCAUGGGGAGGGCGACGACGGCCGACGCCCGCACGGCCGUCGCGCGGCUCCACGCCGAGGAGAUGCUCGACCUCGCGCACGACGUCGAGGAGUGCGUCGACCGCUUCCUGCACCGCCUCACCUGCAGGCAGCACCGCGGCGGCGCCGGCGCCGGAGCGUCGUCGUCGUCCUUGGUGCGGCGGAUGGCGCACGAGCUCAGCAAGGUCCAGAGCCGGUCGAGCUUCGCCGACGAGAUCCAGAGGCUCAAGACGCGCGUCAGGGAAGCGCAGCAGCGGAUCAUCCGCAUGAAACCUACUUUGGAUGUCCUCGCCGGCGGUGGCGGUGGCGGCGGCCAACUCACAGGCGCUGCCGGCACAUCGUCGACGGCGCCGUCGUGCCGCGCGUCGCGCAUCCCGGUGGGCAUCGCGGAGCCCGUGGAGGAGCUCCUGUCGAUGCUGGACGAGGUGGACGGCGAGCCGGAGCAGAUGAGGGUCAUCUCCGUCGUCGGAUUCGGUGGCUCCGGGAAGACCACCCUCGUGAAGGCGGUCUACGAUGAUCCUCGCGCAAAGGACAGAUUCUCCCGCCGCGCGUGGGUCACCGUCGGUAGCUCGCCGUCGCCGGAGACCAGCAAUGGGAUGAAGGGGAUCCUGCGUGCUGUAUUCCAGCAGGUUCUUCCCAAAGACGCCAUGGAUGCUGACGGACAGCAUCUUGAAACCUCGCUCAAAGAAUACCUGAAGGACAAGAGGUAUUUAAUUAUCAUCGAUGACAUCGGGAUGGAUCAAUGGAACAUCAUAAGAUCGACCUUUGAAGACAAUGGUACAAGCAGCAGGAUAAUACUGACCACAACCAUCCAGUCUGUGGCAAAUAUGUGCAGCCAUGGCAAUGGCUAUGUGUAUCAAAUGAACACACUUGGUGAAGAAGACUCUAAGGAACUCGCUUUUCCAGGGUUUAGAUCACCUGAGUUGGAGCAAGGUUCAGCAUCAUUAUUGGGGAAAUGUGAUGGUCUUCCUCUUGCUCUGGUCAGUGUCUCCGAUUAUCUGAAGAGCUCAAAUGAGCCCACAGGAGAGCUGUGCGCAAAGCUGUGCCGCAACCUUGGUUCUCAUCUGAAAGAGCAGGAUGGCCAUUACAGCUUUUCAGAACUCAGAAAGGUGCUCCUUGACAACUAUGACAGUUUUUCUGGCUAUCCUUUGAGCUGCUUGCUGUAUCUUGGAAUAUUUCCAAACAAUCGACCACUCAAGAAGAAAGUUGUAAUCAGGCGGUGGUUAGCCGAAGGAUAUGCACGAACCGACUCUCUUCGUAGCGAAGAGGAUAUUGCUGAUGAGAAUUUCAGUAAGCUUAUUGACCGGAAUAUCAUUCAGCCUGUUGACACAAGAAACAAUUCUGAAGUGAAAACCUGCAAAACUCAUGGAAUUAUGCACGAGUUUUUGCUGAACAAGUCCUUGUCACAGAUAUUCAUCGCGAAAUCGUCUCGUGAUCAUCCAAGACUAGGUGUCAAUACUAAUGCGUGCCACCUUUCUUUUCAUUCUGGUGAACUGACAGAGUGUGUGGCAUCUGAUGAAGAGUUAUCUCGUGUCCGGUCUCUGACAGUCUUUGGGCAUGCAGGUGAUGCAAUUUGUUAUGUUCGCAGGUGCAAACUGAUACGAGUCUUGGAUCUACAGGAAUGCAGUGAUUUGGAUGACGAUCAUCUGAAAUACAUAUGCAAAUUAUGGCAUCUGAAAUACCUGAGCUUUGGGAGCAAUAUCAGUGAGCUUCCAAGGAGCAUUGAUGGACUGCAUUGUUUAGAGACACUGGAUUUAAGGAGGACCCAGAUAAAGUUUUUGCCCAUUGAAGCAAUCAUGCUGCCCCACUUAGCUCACCUGUUUGGAAAGUUUAUGCUUCAUGAAGAUGAUGUGAAGAGUGUGAACAAGAUGAGUAAACUACAAAAAUUCUUUUCUUCCAAAAAGAGCAAUCUGCAAACUUUAGCAGGAUUUAUCACUGACGAAAGCAAAGGUUUUCUGCAACAUAUUGGUCAUAUGAACAAGCUGAGGAAGGUUAAGAUAUGGUUCAAACAUGUCGAAGGCAGCAACAAUUACAUCGCUGAUCUUUCACGGGCCAUUCAGGAAUUCACCAAGGCUCCCAUUGACAGGGAUACUGACCGUUCUCUCUCACUUGAUUCUGAAGAAUGCCCUGAAAAUUUCCUGAGUUCACUUGAUUUGGAGACAUGCUCUGAAGGUUCCAAAUAUGCUCUGAGGUCGCUAAAGUUAAAUGGCGAACUUCACAAGUUGCCUCCAUUUGUUAAUUUGUUGUCAGGUCUCACUGAGCUUUGCAUUUCAUCACCUAUGCUGACACAGGUUCAUCUAUCAACGCUGAUCAAUCUGAACAGACUGCUCUACCUCAAACUGGUUGCAUAUAAGCUCGAGAAUUUCGAAAUAAAACAUGGAGCAUUCCCGAGCUUGCGACGCCUGUGCUUUGUAGUGAAAAGUGUCACUUCAGCUCUGCCCACAAUCAAGCAUGGAGCUCUCCCAAAUAUCAUAUCACUUCAGCUGCUCUGUCAAGGUCCAGUUGGUCUUUCUGGCAUCGAGAUCAGACACAUGAAACAUCUCAAGGAAAUCACAAUUAACUCUGGAGUGGUUGUACAAUGGGAACAGGCAGCAAAGAACCACCCAAAUAGGCCUAAAGUUUUGUUCCUCAGAAAGGUUGAUCCAAUGGAAAGCGAGGAACGGGGAAGACCUUGUGCCAUAAGGGAGCAGAUGAAAAUUACUGUAGCUCAACCAACUAGUUCAGGUGAUGGACUGAACUCUAGCCUCAAUAAGAUCAGACUUUCAGAGCCUCCUUCUUCACGACUUGAGAUGCCUGUUCGUCAUAUGGUGGAUGGCCACUGAGGCAGCACCCCAGACUUCCUUGGCAAACCUCUAGCACAAUAUACCACUGCAGCUGGCAGACUUCAAUGAAGACCAUCCAAAUUUUGCUAAAAAAACUUGGAAAUCUAGAUUGCUGUUCAGUUAAAUGGUCCAGAUUUCUGUAUUUCCGUACUUGUCAUGUUAUGUGGUUAAGGUUGUAAAUUGGCCCGGUUUUUUGUAAGUUCAGGGUGUUAAAUAACCAUAUUUUAAAUUCUUAAAAUACAAUGAUCUGUGAUUGGAGGUGUGCAAUUGACCUCUUGCAUAA